AUGCUGCCCUUCACCGGCCUGUGGUUCGCCAAUGGCGACGAUGAGGCGCGGUUCGGGGAGGCGUACACCGCCGGCGUGCUGAACUGCCCCGACCGCUUCCUGCGCCGCCUGAGGCUCGUCGCUCUCCCCCUGUACUCCCUGGCCCUGCUGGUGGCCGGCGAGGGAAUCUGGAAUGGGCUGUUGGCCGCCCUGCUCAGCGGCUUGGUCAUCUUCAUCGACGCGUGCUGGCAGGAAUGGGGCGUGGAGUCGACGUCCGUGAUGCGCACGGAGCUGACCGUGAUGAAGCGAGCGAUCCUGGGGCCGAUCGCCACGAUUCUGCUGCGCCCGGCGUGGGGCGCAGGGGAGGCGGCGACACGGUGGUGGGCGUGGCGCUGGCUGGGCGUGGGCACGGGCGCGCUGGCGGUGGCCGCCGGCAGCCUGGCCAUGCCCCUGCUGGCCAAGCACGAGCUGCCAAUGCAGUUUCUGUUGGUUGCGGGCCUGGCCUCGUGCGUGCCAUCGCACGCCUGCCAGGCGGCUUCGCAAAGUGGCCGGACGUCCCAGUACAUUAUGGCCACGUGGCGGGCGGUGGACGACGCGGUGCGCGUGGGAUCUGGCGCGAGCCAGCCCACUCCCCCGGUGCGUGCUUGCUGCUGCCAUUUGAUCGCCAUGAUCUACGCAGUGGUGGGGUUCUACAUUCCGACCUACUUGCUGUGGCUCUUGGAGUACAGUUUCAGAUUUGAGUUCAGAAAGGCUUCCGUGGAUACGGGGGGUAGCCACGGGCGGGAAUGGCCCAAAUUGAAAUGGAGGAUUGUGGGUGGCCACGCCCUGGAAUAA